UGUAACCAUUUAAGCCGGACGGAUGAAGCUUCUUACUCGCUGCUCUGAAGCACACCGGAUACGUCAUCCCGGUCCAGCUGUUCCACACCACUGCUAUGCAUUGGUCAUCCAAAAGGAGAGUUGAAAGGACUGAGCUGGAGAAGACCACAGGAGCCACCAGGAGUGUUCCAAAGAGCCUGGAAAUCAGAUGCCGUAUGCAGACAGAGAAAUAAACUGCCUGGAGCUAACAGCCCCACCAUUUACUUCGGUCCAGAUACUGCUGGCUGAUCUUUGGGUGCCUGUGGUUCUGGGGUAAGAGCAUUUGCCUCCAAGAUGGACGAGUGGUGGUUUGAUCCCAGGCUACAUGUUGAACUCGGGGUUCGAGACAUUGGACCCUGCCAAGUUUCCUGCCAAACGUACCAUACAAGUCAAGGCUGACAUAUUGUGGUCUUCCCUGAUGGGAAAAACCUUAAAGACCUGGAGACUAAGGAAGCUGAACUGUGUCACCAGUAUGUGUGGUCCCUUAUCUGAAGCCUGUCCAGAUGCGGAGCAGAGAUGCACUGUCGGGUCACGGGCGGCCAGGAGCUUGACCAAGCUGUCACUGGCGGAGAGGCCGGCCACACCGUGGGGAGGUGGCCAGUCCAUCACAAGCUCCAUAGAAUCCCCAAAAAUCCAACAAACAACAUCAACACAUGGGGGAGGCGUUACAACCUGAGCAACCUGUUCCACCUGAUCCCCUGCGGAGCUCAGCUGGACUCAGAACGACAGGCAUAGCGAAGGAUGCGGCGUGCAGCCAGCGGAGCCCGCAGCCUCUCUCCCCUCUAUUUAUGUGGCCGAUAUUAACAGGCGGCUCGUCCCAAUAACCCUGAGUAUGAACUGUCAGUGACGCGCUCAAAAGAGCAAAUGAGCCGGCGAUGGCUGUCACCUCGGGGCUGCGGCGCCAGCACAAAAGCCUUACAGUGGAGGCCGGGAAUCUGCCGGGCGCCUCGGACUCGUACGGAGUGGCCUCGCUUCUCUUUUUUUCCGCGGGUCUCCGUCAGGUGUGUGGACAUUUUUCAAAGUGUUUUUUCAAAAGUGCUUAGUGGGCAAGGUAAAAGUCAAGGAGCAGGGUUUCCGCAGCGAGAGAUGAAUCAAGAGAGUUGAGGCGCUGCCAGAUGUUCCCAGGUAACAUUAAGGAGCCAAUCGGAUUAGCGGAAGGAGCAUCUGGCCAUCCAGAUGUUUCAGGCGUGUGUGUUAAGGUGGAGCCACAAGAUUCGGUGUCUUUGAUUAAAAAGUCAGUAGUUAUUUACUCAAAAUUCCUCGUACGUCUGGCAGG